AUCGUCUCCAGCAAGAAAAUAACAAGGACUCUCCUUCUGGGGAACGGCAAGCCGGCUGGGAAAGGGAUGAUAACGAUAGCUGCCCAAGAGCUCUCGGAUAACAGGGUGAUAACUCUGAGCAUGGCCGGCAGAAAACUGGAUAAGAAGGACCUGUUUGGAAAGUCAGACCCCUUCUUGGAGUUUCAUAAACCAGGUGAUGAUGGGAAGUGGAUGCUGGUCCACAGAACAGAGGUGAUCAAGUACACGCUGGACCCCGUCUGGAAGCCGUUCACCGUGCCUUUGGUGUCACUGUGCGAUGGAGAUGUAGAGAAGCUGAUAAAGGUGAUGUGUUACGACUACGACAGCGAUGGGGGACACGACUUCAUCGGGGAAUUUCAGACCUCGGUGGCCAGGAUGUGUGAAGCCCAAGAUGCCUUGCCGCUUGAGCUAGAGUGCAUUAACCCCAAAAAGCAAAAGAAGAAAAAGAAUUACAAGAACUCUGGGAUCAUCAUUGUCAAGUCCUGCAAAAUAACCAGAGAUUUCUCCUUCCUGGACUACAUCCUGGGAGGCUGCCAGCUGAUGUUUACCGUUGGGAUUGACUUCACAGCCUCCAACGGGAACCCGCGAGAACCCUCCUCUUUGCACUACAUCAACCCCCUGGGGACAAACGAGUACUUGUCGGCUAUCUGGGCUGUCGGCCAGAUCAUCCAGGACUAUGACUCAGACAAGAUGUUUCCUGCUCUGGGAUUCGGCGCCCAGCUGCCCCCGGACUGGAAGGUAUCCCAUGAGUUUGCCAUUAACUUCAAUCCCACGAACCCAUUCUGUUCAGGUGUCGAGGGCAUUGUCCAAGCGUACUCGGCCUGCCUGCCCCACAUCCGCUUCUACGGACCCACCAACUUCUCCCCCAUCAUCAACCACGUGGCCCGCUUCGCGGCUCAGGCCAUUCAACAGGAGGCUGCAUCC